AUGGGUACUGGAAAGAAGAAAAUUGACAUAAAGCCGAUCGCCAACUACCAGUCUCGCAUGGUGUCCUUCACCAGGAGACGAAAUGGUCUCUUUAGAAGAGCCAAGUUCGUCGAAGAAAAGUUUAAAAAGACAAUUUCAAUUGUUGUGAUCUCUGAGACCGGUCAACCUUAUCAUUAUGGCUCUCCUACCUUGCUUGAGCGAUAUUAUGCCUCCACCACCACGGCUGCCUCUUCCUCCAGAGCUACUAGCUCAUCUACAACCACAGCUGGACCUGGCUCUUCCACCACUAUAGGUGUUUUAGAAGAACUUAAGGACUGGGUGAACUCCGAAGUUGAGGCAUGUAACACUUCGAAAGAAGCAGCAGAGAGUUUGAAAAGGAAAUUGUCGGAGAUUGAAAAGAGGGUGGACAAUAAACUUUUCGAAAGUGAUCUUCAAUUCCUUAAUUAG